ACGCGAUUGGUAUAGCUUGACUGGCCAGUUCGUUUAAAACGUUAUACGUCGAUGGUGACACUCCACCGCUGUCGACUUAUCUGUUUGUGUCAGAUUGAGAUUUCUAUUCAAACGCGUUGGAGAUUCCAACCGUUUGUCUUUGUCGCUACGGACGUAGGUCUUUAAUAGACAGUGUUCCAGCAGAUGAUUUUGAUUUUGGGAACUGCUUUCCGAAAGAUUCAGUUUUGAUCGAGACUAAAUUAAAAAUUGGGAUUCUCCUCUAAUUUCAAAAAUUGAGAUUGUGCAAUUAGCAUCGAUUAUUGUUUCUUUCACCGGUUACCCUGGCGAUCGGUAUGACGAUCUCGGUGACCGACACCGCUUUGGAUAUAGAGAAGAAGGCGAUCGGGCGUUGCGCUCGACGCAGCCAUCGUCUUUGCAUCUGGCUCGCCUGGAUCUAUUGCGGCAUCUUCCUCAUCAGUUCCGCCGGCUUUUACAUGUUCUGGUACACAGACACGAUCAACAACUACAUAUUGUCGUUGAUGGAAUUGCGUAACGGCACUCGCACCUUCGACUGGUGGCAGCGCCCGCCCUUGAAACUGAAAUAUAAGAUCUAUAUCUUUAAUUAUACGAACGUGGACGAGUUUGAGGCGAACGAGGCGAGCAAGCUGCGCGUCCAGGAGCUUGGUCCCUACGAGUAUCAUGAAACGAUAAGUCGUACGAACGUGGUGUUCCACGAUAAUGGCACGCUCACCUAUCAGAACAAAAAAUCCUACGAAUGGGUAGGCGGCCGACCCGAGAACGAUGUUGUUCUGGUACCAAACGUGCCAUUGAUGUUCACCACCGCGUACGUCCGGGAUUUGAGCUUCGCAGUGCGAUUCCUCACUAACACGGUGCUGUCGACUCUGCAGGAACAAUCGUUCAUCAACGAGACUGCCAACGGUUUCCUCUGGGGAUACGACACUCAGCUCUUCCACAUGGCCAAGCCGUUGUUAAUGCUGCAGCGGGACGUGCCCUUUGAAAAGUUCGGUUUGCUGGCCAUGAAAACUGGUAUCGAUAAGGAUCGCAUCACGAUGCACACGGGAUCGCGAGGCGUGAAAAAUCUCGGCGUGAUCGACCGGGUGAACGGAGUGAACAGCCGGGUCGUUUGGAAUGACGAGCGAUGCGAUAAAAUUGAAGGCACCGAGGGCAGCAUGUUUCCACCACAUUUGAUACAGGACACAAGUAAACCCCUCUAUGUGUAUGCCAAGGAUAUUUGCAGGAAGAUACCAUUCCAUUUUACCGAACAAGUGACCACCUACGACAUACCUUCUUUAAGGUAUAAAUUCACCCCAGAUGCGUUUAAUUUUUCAAAUAAGCAAAAUGAAUGUUUCUGCCCGAAAGUACAUGACAAAAGAGUCUGUCCGCCUUCAGGACUCUUUAACAUGUCCGUUUGCGAUCAUGACACGCCCAUGCUCGUGUCAUUUCCGCAUUUUUAUGGUGCCGACAAGUCCUUGCUGGAACAAAUAGAUGGUUUAAAUCCUCGGCAGGAAGAUCAUGAGAGCUACCUAGACAUACAUCCGCGCAUAGCAGUUCCCAUGGCCGGCCGAUCGAGGAUACAAAUGAAUCUGGAGGUGCGAAGGGCAAUCGGCGUGCCGUUUCUCGGGAACCUGAAAGACGGCAUGAUCCUUCCACUUAUCUGGUUCGAAAUCGGAAUAGACGAACUUCCGGAACAGUUGUUGGAAAUCGUCCAGAGCGCGCAUUUCACAGUGGCCAACGUCGAAUUGGCUUUGCAAUGGGGUACUCUGAUAACGAUGAUACUCUCCUUGAGUGCUUUGAUAGCCUGUCUCUGGAAAUAUCGCUCGAAACAGGAUAUGGUUCUCCGAAGAAAUUCAUUCGUUUAAAACAAUCUUCUUGAGAUGCUCUGAACGAAAUGGAAACCGCUUGAAAAAUAUGAACGAACGAGCGAAGACCAUCGAUCUAUCAAAAAAAAGAAAACAAGAAUUCCAAGGUAAUACGGAUGUCCAAAAAAUAUUAGAACUACAUUUAGUCUAAUUUUUUAGACGUUUUGAAUUUUUUAAACGUUUCUGAGGUUUUCGUACUCGAUUAGAUGUUCGGUUAGAGACAAAAAAUGCCGAUAGUUUCUCGUAAAAGCACGGAGAAAUGAAUUUGUCAAGUAAAACUCGGUAACGUAAAUAAUGAUUGUUGUGCAAUUAGAAUAAUGUACGUUACUGGCAAACUAUAUUAAUCAUUUCUAUAUUGAGAGAGUCUGUCAUUAUGAAGCAUAAUUUCAAUGCGAUAAUGAUAAUUAAUAGAGUGUUCAAAAAUAAAAACGGUAAAAUGCUCAUCCACACAUAUUUUGUUAACAACGUUUGUCGGUUUGACAAAACGUUUAACAAGCGAGUUUAUUAUGGAUUUUAGGAAUGAUAUUAAUUCUAUUUUUGUUUAUCGCGAAUAAUAACGUUUUCAAAAAUAUGAAUAAAUAUAUUAAUAUUCGUUCGUAAAGUUAAAGGAUAUUUUUUAAAGGGCUUAAAAACAAUCAACAAGCUUCGUAAAACUCCCUUUUAUUCGUACGCGAUCCACCGUGGAAUCAUUUAAGAUUGCGAAUAAUCAAUCCGGCGAGCGCCAAAUCUAAGAGAAUGCCGAUGGACCAGUAAUUCCUAUGAUAAGUUGACGUACCGUUGUUGCACCGUGAGAAAGUGACAGGGAGACACGCCCGCAACACGGCCAAAGCUGUGAUUCAGACUUUAGUGCAUCGGAAAUAAUGUGUAAUUAUGCCGACGGCGGUUGCGAUCCGUUGACGGUUGUGGCAUUUGCAUCUCGUCGUAUUAUUACUUGGUGGUGUCGCCGACCGCAACGGUGAGUUACACCGCGCCGUAAUGAUCGACCUGUACUUAAUUAAGCGGUGACGCACACGCGACGGCAGUACGUAUUACAUACGACCGUUCAAUUAAUGCUUCGUUAUCUCAACGACGAGAUUCGAUACAGGUUUCUUUAAUGUAAAAUGUAAGUUUUUUGCAGAAUAAGAUAUGUAUAUAAAUUCACAUAAAAUUAUUUA